AAUUUAAAUAUUAAAAAUGAAUAACAAAUGUGGAUCUGGGCGACCACCAAGAAAAAGAACACAUAAUAUUAUAACUAGACAUCAAAGUGAAAGAUAUGCUGGACAACCAAAUGAACUACCUGUUAGUGACCUCCCAACAUAUAAACAGAUUAUUCAAUAUGCCUAUAAGGUCGAAAAUGAAAUAACUACAACUGAAAAAAUUGACUCUCCAGCCGUAGUUUUAAAAGCGAGUGAAGAAAUUUUAAAAAUUUGGAAAAACGUUAAUCCAAAUCUUCCACUAAUGAAAGAGAAACCUCUAAGAAAUAAGGUACAAAGAACAUUUCAAAAAGUAAUUGCAGCUGAACGAUCUAAAGCUUCAAAACAUAAAAAUAGUGUUUGUUGGUUGGAAAAUAACCUUUUAAAGUUAUUUGAUAUAUCAGCAUGCAGAUGUGAACUUCCUCUUUUAAAUUGUGAUGACAGAAAUGUUCGAUGCAAGGGUUGCUCUAACAAGCACUAUGUAUGUCUCUGUGAAAAAAGUAAACAGGUUCCAGUUCUAGAACGAGAGUAUUUAAAGGACCAGAAAGUUAAGCAAGGGCCCUUUGGAACCUGGCAGAUAGGCCGAAUUGAUAAGAAAGAAACAGCCAUGACUGCAAGAAAAAGAAAGAAGGAGAAAAUUAAUAUGAAAAGUGAUACAACACUCCAUUCAGAUAAUGAUUAUAUUAGUGAAACUGAUAUGGAAAUAGAUAACGAUGAUGAUUAUAAAAAGCAGAAUCGUGAGUUUUUUGCAAAACCACUGUGUGAAAAAAAUUACACAGAUUUAACUAACAUUGCCAAAGCUGCCAUUAGGUUCCAAGUUAGUGAUGCUGCAACAUCUGCCAUAGCAACUGCUACCUUGAUAGACUAUCAAAUUAUAACUCAGAAUGACAGAUCACAAAUUAUCACUGAAAAAAAGAUAUUUGACACUAAAAAGCGUGUUUCAACCAUGUUUAGUGAAAAACACUGUUCAGAAGUUUUCCAUUUGAAAGUCAUUGAAGUAGAUAGUAAAAAAGACAAAAAUACAUUAGCACAUAUAUUAGGAUAUGAUCAUAAUGCUGAACCUAUUGUUAAUAGAACAGUAAAGGAUGAACAUCACUUAACUUUUACUGCAGAAAGUGGACCUUUUUCUAAGAAAUAUUUAACUCAUAUUGAAAUAAAAAAUGGAACAGGAAUUACAAUGGCAACCGAAACACAUAAAAUACUUGAAAAAUACAACAGCAUUAGUAGUUUGGAAGCCAAUGUAUAAAAUAUUUAAGAUCA